CCAUAGUAUUGCGUGCCCCGCACCAAAAGCACGCCAUGCCCGCGCCGAAUCUCCGAUGGCUAACUGGCGAUAACCCGGACGCUCCAGCAACGGGGCUCUCGUUCACCAUGCCAUGGCCUAGAGGCCGAUACCAGCCAAACCAGAAAUUUUCAAUCGAGACAAACAACAAAACCUAUCCGCUUGAUAGCCGCGAGCUUGCAUACUGGGCGGACGGAUCUCUGAAAUGGACGGCGCAUUCCUUCAGUGGUUAUAUCGGUUAUAGUAGCGAGUAUACCGUGAGGGCUGCGACCGAGCAGGAGAUAGAAUCUCGGAUACAGGUUAAGACAACUCCUGAGCAUAUUAUCGUCUCCACAAAGAUCGGAUUGAGUGUGCGAUUUCCAACUCAGGGUUCUGCGACAUUAUUUGAGAACAUUUCUCUGGAUGGAAAACAAGUGUGCUCCGCCGCUACUGUCGUCGCGUCGAUCAACAACCAAGAGUAUACAACAGUCGUACACAGGACCGUCAUUGAGAACCUCACCUGGGCGAGAGCAGUUGUCAAAGUUUCUGGAACUGUGGAACAUGAGGGAAAAGAGCAUCUACCAUUCACUGUGCGAGUAUACACCUACUCUGAUGCGCAGCCGCUCAAGGUCGUGUUCUCAUUCAUCCAUGACCUUGACUCAGAGGAACCGUUGACCUCACUCGGUCUCAGAUUCUCGGUACCAUUUCGCGAGACUGAACACUACAACCGUCACAUUCGUUUUGUAGGUCCCACAGGAGGGAUUCUGAGGGAAGAAGUCCAAGGUCUAUCAGGCUUGUGGCAUGGCCCGGGCGUGCAAAAUCGCGUCGACCAGACCUCAGGUAAAGCCAUUACCCUUACAGAUGCCUCAUGGCUAUCUUAUGUUCCCUCCUGGAACGACUUUACCCUCAGUCAGUUAUCUUCCGACGGGUUCACGCUAAAAAAGCGAACGAAUGAAGGCUGUUCAUGGGUAAAGGUGAUAGGGGGGAGCAGAUACCCCGGCACUGCAUACAUUGGCUCCGCAAAGCGCGGUGGCCUGGCGGUGAGUAUGACCAAUUUCUGGGAGCAAUACCCAACCCAAAUCGAUCUCAGCAAUUUGACCACCGACCAAGCAUCGACAACGAUAUGGAUGUACUCACCUCUGGCAGAACCGUUGGAUACGCGUCCAUACCACGACGGACUCGGUCUGGACACCUACGAGAAACAGCUCACGGCCCUCAAGGCUACAUACGAGGAUUACGAGCCCUGCUUCGGUACAGCCAACGGGAUCGGCCGAACGGCAGUCUUCAUCCUUCGACCAUACAGCAACGGGACCCCAUCCGACAACGACCUAAGCGCAUUUUCAGCUCUAGUCCGUGACCCUCCUCGCUUGAUUCCCACACCAGAGACCAUAUACAAUGCUGGGGUGUUUCACGGCACAUGGGCCCCUGACACUCGUCUCCUUGGCCUCAUCUCAACAGCCACUGAACUAAACAUCGAACACAAUCUUGAUACUUUGUUCACCCACUACCAGCGCCAGGUUGACCAACACCGCUGGUACGGCUUCUGGGACUACGGCGACGUGCAGCACACGUAUGACCCCUACCGACACGCGUGGCGCUACGACGUCGGGGGUUUUGCCUGGGACAACAGUGAACUCUCCACGGAUCUAUGGCUGUGGCUGUAUUUCCUGCAUUCUGGGCGGGCGGAUGUCUUUCGUAUGGCCGAGGCCAUGACGCGACAUACGAGCGAGGUAGACGUAUACCAUUCCGGCCGCUUCAAGGGAUUCGGAACGCGUCAUGGGGUGCAGCAUUUCAGCGACAGUUGCAAACAGCUCCGGAUCUCCAACGUGCUGUAUCGACGGUUCUACUAUUUUUUGACCGGGGACGAGCGAACGGGAGAUCUGAUCACUGAACUUCAGGACUGCCAGCUUGCGCUGUUGGGCCUUGACGCUCAUCGGAAAGUCCAGCAGCACGGUGCCAUUCCAGAAGGGUUUGCCCUGACGGACAUCUGUCUUGACGGGGGCGCGUUAGCAGCGUCGUGGUUUACCGCAUGGGAGAGACGGGGGCCAGAAUGGUUGGAUGGUCGAGAUCGUCUUUUGAACAUUCUUGAGGGCAUCGCGAACUUAAAAUAUGGAGUCGCUACGAAGGCAAUUCUACUCCACACUAAAACUGGAGAAGUGCGCACAUGUCCGCCUCCCACGCGACCGUAUGUCAUCUCGCAUUUGUCAAUGUUGUUCGGCUUCCCGGAACUAGUAUCGGAACUCGUCGACUACGCUGAAAGUGAACAUCCCGGCACAGUGGAUGCGUUCUUGAAGGUUUACUUGGCUUAUUGUCGGGCUUACAACGGCGGAGCGGAUGUUCAACGCGAGGAGUACGGAUUCGAGUUCCCUGCUACAGCCACAUGGCGACAGAGCCACUCUACGCUGACUGCAUUCGCGGCGAGGCGCGGUGAUGACGCUGAAUUAGCUCGCGCAGCUUGGCAACAGUUUCUCGAGACCGACGGGUAUACCAAAGACCACGAGUGGACAGUGACGCCGACAACGGCGCCAACUUAUUUCUCCGACGGUGAGGAGGCGCCCUGGAUUACGACAAACGAGGCGGCACGUUACGGUGUGUCGGCUAUAUUCAAUCUCGCGAACAUUCGCAGGCACCUCGACUAG